UACACGAGAUUCAUAAAGUAACAAUGACAACAUAAAGCUUUUCAUCUUUGGCAAUGGAUGGACCCCUCUGUUUAUGUCUUGCUCAACAAACACUUUGGCAUCCUUAUAGCAUUGCAAGACUCGGGUUUGACUCGGCAGCCUAUAAGUAUACUGCAUGUUUCUCUUCUCAUAACCAUAAUCACAAACAUGGGUUGCUUACUAAUCUUCUAUCAGCUUCUCUGUCUUCUGUUGUUUUGCUUGAGUUCUCAGCCUACUCUUUCAUCCUCUUCAUUUGCCCCUUCAGCGACACCCCUAUGCUCUCACAACGAGGCUUUUGCUUUGAUGAAAUUUAAACGGUCCUUUUCCAUCGACGAAACUGCUUCUUUGGGAUGCGAAUAUUCUAGCACCCCAUCUUAUCCUAAGACUGAUUCGUGGAAGGAAGGGACUGAUUGCUGCUCAUGGGAUGGAGUCACUUGCGACAAUAUAACAGGCCAUGUGAUUGGCCUUGACCUUAGUUGCAGUUGGUUAUAUGGUGCCAUUCCUUCCAAUAGCAGUCUUUUCCAUCUUCCACAUCUGCAGAACCUUAACCUCGCACAGAACCAUUUUAACUUUUCCAAGAUGUCAUCUGAGUUUGCUCGGUUUAAAAGUCUAAAGCUACUCAACCUCACGGACUCAGUCUUUGCAGGACAAAUUCCACUCCAAAUCUCCCACUUGUCAAAGUUGGUUUCACUUGAUCUCUCUCGGAAUUAUCUUCAAACAAUUGACAAACGUACUUUGGGAGGACUUGUUCAGAACCUAACAGAGGUGAGACAACUGUUUCUUCAUGGAAUCAACAUGUCUUCUAUUAAUCCUAUUGUCUUGAUGAAUAUAUCCUCUUCUUUAAGCUCUCUUAGUCUUGAAGGUUGUGGUUUGCAAGGAAAAUUCCCAGAAAACAUUUUUCACCUGCCAAACCUCAAGUUGCUCAAUUUACGAUACAAUCAUGAUCUCAAUAUCUAUCUUCCAAACUUCAACCAGAGCAACCAUUUUGAGCUAUUAGAUCUAAGUCUUACAAAUCUCUCUGGAGCAUUGCCUAAUUCCAUUGGCAAUUUAGUUUCAUUGAAACAUUUGGAUCUAAGUUACACAUCCCUCUCUGGAGCAUUGCCUAAUUCCAUUGGUAAUUUAGUUUCAUUGAAAGAUUUGGAUCUACAUCAGACGUCCCUCUCUGGAGCAUUGCCUAAUUCCAUUGGCAAUUUAGUUUCAUUGGAAAAUUUGGAUCUAAGUUUUACGAAUCUCUCUGGAGCAUUGCGUAAUCCCAUCCGCAAUCUACGAUCUUUGAAGUAUUUGUCUUUAUCAGGGGCUCCUCUAUGUCCUUGUUCACUUAACUUAAUUCGUAACCUAGUUUCUUUGGAGGAAUUGCAUCUCGAAGCAUGUAACAUUUCAGGAAUAAUGCUGAGAUCAUUGGGGAAUUAUUUUAGUGGACAGAUUCCAUCCUCACUCACAAACCUAUCUCAACUUAAAUGGUUGGACAUCUCUGACAAUCAACUAGAAGGUUCCAUUCCAAAUGAGGUAACUGCUUUUCCUAAUCUAAUCCAUCUAGACUUAUCUUUUAAUUUUCUCAACGGUACACUUCCAUCUUCAAUAUCUCAACUUGUGAACCUUACUAGGCUUGAUGUAUCAUCAAAUAAUCUUAGUGGAAUUGUAGAAUCUGACCUGUUUUCAAAACUCCAAAAUCUCCAAUCCCUUGAUCUUUCAUAUAACAAUCUAUACUUCAACUCUAACCAUACCAGUACUGAUUAUACAUUGCCUAAUCUUUAUUCUUUGUAUCUGUCAUCUUGCAAUGUCAAUAAAUUCCCCCAAUUUUUAAGAGGCUCAAAAGUUUUGGAAACGUUAGACCUUUCCAAUAAUAGAAUCUACGGCAAGAUUCCCAAAUGGAUGUGGGAUGUUGGGAAAGACUCUUUGUUUUACUUAAAUCUAUCUCACAACUUUAUGACAGAAUUAGAGCAACUUCCAUGGAAGAAUAUUGAAAUUCUUGAUCUCAGUUCGAAUUUGAUUCAAGGAGAUCUUCUAAUUCCACCUUUGACAACAUCUAUUUUUUUUAUCUCAAAUAACAAUUUGAAUGGAGAGAUGUCUGAUCUCAUAUGCAAUGUGAGCUAUCUUGAAAUUUUAGACAUAUCUCACAACCAUUUGAGUGGGAUUAUUCCGCAAUGUUUUGGAAAAUUAAGCAAAAGCCUUCGUAUGUUGAAUCUAGGGACAAACAAACUUCAUGGAACCAUUCCUUCAACAAUUGCAAAGGGAUGUCAAUUGGAGAAUCUUAAUUUGAAUGCUAAUCAAUUGGAAGGGCCUUUAACACGACCCAUCCUUAAUUGUAGAAGUCUACAAGUACUAGAUUUGGGCAACAAUAAGAUCAAUGCUACAUUCCCUCAUUGGCUGGGAAAUCUUCAAGAGCUAAAAGUUCUUGUAAUGAAAUCAAAUCAAAUGCACGGUUCCAUAAAUGGCAAAAUGCGUACGCAUUAUUUUCGUAAGUUGCAAAUUUUGGAUCUCUCCAACAACAGUUUUACAGGACAGUUGCCAACUGGGUACAUAGAAAAUUUCAAGGCUAUGAUGAAUGUCAAAGAAAAUAGAAAUGUCAUGCCGUAUAUCGGGCGUUCUGAUGUUACAAUGGGUAACUUUUACAGCUAUUCUGUUCAUUUGAUCGAAAAAGGGCAAGAGGUUGAAUUAAUGAAAAUAUUUGCCACAUUAACGAUCAUUGAUUUAUCAAAUAACAAGUUUGAAGGAGAGAUUCCAAGAGUUAUUGGAAACCUUAGUUCAGUCAUUGGGCUUAACCUUUCUCAUAAUUACCUUGUUGGUCAUAUUCCACCAUCAUUUGGAAAUUUGAUCAAUCUUGAAUGGUUAGAUCUAUCCUCAAACAAGCUGGAUGGAAAGAUUCCUGAGCAAUUGCUGAAUCUGACAAUGCUUUCUUCCCUAAACCUUUCCAAGAAUGAACUUGUUGGGCACAUACCUGAAGGCAAACAAUUCAACACAUUUGAGAACAGUUCCUAUGAAGGGAAUACUGGAUUAUGCGGUUUUCCACUCUCUAGAGAUUGCAGCAGUAAUGAAGCACAACAGCCACCACCUUCAAAUUUACAAGAAGAAGAUGGCUCAAAAUCUGAAAUUAGAUUUGGGUGGAAAGUUGUGCUAAUCGGAUACAUGUCCGGAUUUAUGUUUGGAGUGGCUAUGGGAUAUGCUGUUUUUUGGACCGGUCAACCCAAAUGGAUUGUGAGCUUGGUUGAAGCCAGACAUCAUCGAAGGCCAAAAAAGUCAAACAAGAAUGCUCGCACUAGUCGGACAAGGAGUUGGUAAUCAUCAAUGACACUGCAGGUUUUGUUGAAAUUGAUGAAGAAGAAGAUGAAGAAAUCACAAAAGCUGCUGGAAUUAUUGAUGACCCCACAAUAUGCG